AUGCCCAAGAAGUCAAUAGCCAAUGUGGUGCUGGUCAUAAGUUUCGAACCAUGCCUAACACUGGGUCUUUCCAAUGAGUGCUAUAGAGUUACUGUUAUCAAAAAGGUUGAUGUGAACAAAACCCCUGCCCCUGCCACCGGUAAUUUGUACCAUCAAUGUUCUCACCUUAGUAUUUUUUCAUCUUUUUCUAGUGGUAGGGUCACGAGGAAGAGAGACCAUAGCAACAAAUUAGAAGUAGAGGUAGAUAAGAAUUCAUAUAGAGUUAGUGAUGAAGAUGAAGAUCACAUUGAUGCAAGAGAAAAACUUAGACUCAUCAAACAACAAUCCACUCUUUGCAAUGAAAGCUUCAAACAACAUAACACCCUCAAUAAACAAAACCAACAACAAUCUUUAGCAAGUCAGUUAAAUUGGUAACCUAGGCAAGUUGUAUGGUUUCAAAACAGGAGAGCAUGCAAGACAAAGCUGAAGCAAAUUGAGGUGGAUUGUGAGUUCUUGAAGAGGUUUUGUGAGAAACUAACAAAUGAAAACAAAAGCCUACAAAAGGAGUUACAAGAACUCAAAGGACUAAAAACAAUGGUUCAACCUUUUUGCAUGAACAUGUUGGCAACAACUCUCACCAUGUGCCCAUCUUGUGAAAGAAUCGGUGGCAUUGUUGGCGAUAGGAAUUCCAACAACCAAUUUUCAAUGCCUUCAAAGCCUCAUUUCUAUAAACCCAUCACUAAUCCUUUUGUAGCAUGUUAA